CAGUUCAGUUUGUUUUAGUAUUUAGAGCAGUGAUGGCGCUUUGUUACGAGACGACAGACACCCCCGCGGCAUGCUAAAUGAACGUUAUACGCGUUUGAUUAACUGCCAACCCCCCCCCCGGAGCAAAGUUCAUUUCCCCGGAGCUCGUGUUUUUUGCCCUCUCCCCUCUCGAGGCCGCUGUCAGCCCUGUUGUUUAGUUUUAUUGUUGAACCCGUGUACUAGCCUGCUAGUUAGCAAGUAGGCUAAGCUUUCCCCUAUGUCCUCUACAGAAAGCUUCAGUUCAGCUGUCACCGAUUGGCUUUUUAUCAAUUCCUGGUGGAUCCUGCUUCCUUUUAUUAUGCUCCUUAUAGUGGUCGCCUUCAUCGUUGCCUUUGUGUUGCUGCUUUACAUGAUAUCGCCGCUCAUCAGUCCGAAGCCUCUGAAAUUAAACGGGGCCCACGUCGUGGUGACCGGAGGCUCAGGUGGAAUUGGGAAAUGCAUUGCAAUCGAAUGCUACAGACAAGGAGCCUUUAUCACUCUGGUAGCUCGUGAUGAGGAUAAGUUACUCCGAGCAAAGAAAGAGGUGGAAAAAUUUGCCAUCAAUGACAAACAGGUGGUGCUCUGUGUAUCGGUCGACGUCUCCAGUGAUUACACUCAAGUGGAAAAUGUGAUAAAGCAGGCUCAGGAGAAGCUUGGACCGGUGGACAUGCUGGUGAACUGCGCUGGAACAGCCGUCGCUGGGAAGUUCGAGGAGAUGGAAGUGGAACGUUUCAAAGAGUUAAUGGAGCUGAAUUACCUGGGCAGCGUCUACCCAACACGAGCCGUCAUAACCACCAUGAAGGAGCGAAGAAUGGGUCGAAUCGUGUUCGUGUCGUCCCAGGCGGGCCAGAUCGGUCUUUUCGGAUACACGGCCUACUCGCCUUCAAAGUUCGCUCUGCGUGGAUUGGCAGAAUCAUUGCAAAUGGAGAUGAAGCCGUACAACAUCUAUGUGACCGUUGCAUUCCCCCCUGACACGGACACGCCCCUGCUGGCUGAAGAAAACAAGUCAAAGCCUUUAGAGACCAAGUUGAUCUCUGAAACCUCUGGAGUCUGGCAGCCAGACCAGGUGGCCAAAGUCUUCGUCAAGGACGCAGUGCAAGGAAAUUUCAACAGUUCUGUGGGUCCUGAUGGUUAUAUGCUGUCAGCUCUUACCUGUGGAAUGUCACCUGUCACCUCCAUCACAGAAGGUCUUCAGCAGAUCGUCACCAUGGGGCUGUUUCGCACCAUUGCUCUAUUCUACCUGGGGAGUUUCGACAGCAUCGUGCGCCGCUGCAUGAUUCAGAGGGAGCAGUCGAAAACAGCUGACAAGACAGAGUAACAGCAACCAUAAGAGUACAACCCCCCCACAAACACACACACCCCCACCCUCCAGCUAUACAAGUACACAGCCACAGAUGGAGGGGAUAAAAAAGAACAAGUGCAUUUGAUGUCCACACACACUAAAAAAGAAGAGUUUGUUUACUUUUCACCGGUCCAGGAAUGCAGUUUAACCCCUAAAACCAUCAUCUGUUUUGAUGCUUCUGUUUGGUUUAAAGUGUCCUCCUGCUUCUCCUGUGAGAGCUGCCUCACUCAGGGGGGGGGGGGUGAGGACAGACAAAACAGUUUUAAAGGAUGUAUUCCUCCCCCAUGCGGAGGAGGAGCAGCAAAGUUGUGUCUCACCAGGGAGAGCAGCAAAAAGUAGUAACACACUCUCAGCCAUGUCGUUGUAUGUAUUUGCAAUUUUGUCUGAAAGGCGACACUUUCUGCUAAACGAGCUCGUCGUUGUCUUAACGUUCCUUCCACAAGUCUUUGCAGGCAAAGCAUGUUCGAUUAUUAUCAGAGAAGGACAUGGCUUUCAGUUUUUUUUUUUACUGAUUUAAAAAGUUAUAUUUCAAUUUAAGAUGUAAUAUUCUGACAUUUCACAUGCAGUGAAAGGAUGUGUUUGCUUUUCUGUAACCGAACAAAUCCCAGAGGAAGAGAGAAGCCAUUCCGUCAAAAUCUGGUAAAAAACAAACAACAAAUCACCAAACUUUUUGUUUUUUUUCCUCUUUAUCGCAGCUUUAAAGGAAAGCGGGUUCUUUGAGCUGACAUCACCGAAUGAGGAGAAAAACCCAGCAUAACUGUGUUUUAACUGCACAAGUUUAGUUCCUUUUCUGUCCAUUUAUAAAACCAGAAAAUGAGCUUUUAAAUCAGCUGGGUUGAUUUACAAAUUCACACACUUUGAUAAGAAAUUCCAUUCAGAAAUGGUUUAGACUUGCAGGUUCAAGUCUUGUUUUUCUUAGUCUGGUCUACUGAGGGCGCUAGAGAUGAGCUUUACAUUGAGACCAAAAUGUCACUGGGAUCAAUCUAUGUGGUCUUCUUCUCUGAAGGUUUUGAGCUGCUGUCAAAAGUAGCAGGAAAUUUGAAAAUUCCUUAAACAAUUCCUUUUUUAUUUACCAUGAAAUCUGUCUACAGUUUUUCAUUUCCAGUUAGAAUCAGUAAAAACGACUCUCGCAAGUCUCCCUUUGGUUUAGUAAAACUGAGAGAAUGUACUUGAAUGCAAAGCACACCACACAGAAAUAGUAUUUUUUCGAAAACACUAAUGUUUGAAAAUUCAAAAUCUUGAAGAUGUCAGGAGAAAAAAAUGCAUUUAACCUAAGACUUCUGGAUGCCAUUUCUUCUUCGUUCAAAGUCCUUAAAGAUGGUGGAGCAGGUCACAUUCUAAGCCUUAAACUCACAAAAGCUUUGGGUGUGAAACUGUUAACAGAACAGUGCCAGCUGACGUGGAUUUUUUUCAUGUGAAAUUCGAUGUAUUUUAUUUGUAUGGCGACGUGAUCCUUCCUUAAUUCCAAGAAAUGAGAGUGAGAAUGAAUGACUCGUGUUUUGAUGAUGUUCUCAUUUGAUAUUGGUGAAGGCCAAUCGUUUCUGCGCUUGAUCAUUGUUCAUGGUUCAUUUGUUUUCAGGUUUGAAGUAGCAGCCAACAGUUUAAAGAUGUAGCUCAUGGAAAGAAAAGCUGUUUUGGUUUGAGCACCUUUAAGCUAUGCAACUUUAGCUUAGAAUUAGCUUUGGGGAAAGAAAAAGAAAAACCCUUCUGCAGCCGUUCUAUCGUUUUCCCCGUUUUGUGUUUUGGAUUCAUUCCUAGAAAGUUUUAAAAAGGUUGAACAUCCCAUUGCACUCAUUUGUUUGAUUCCUUACUUUUUUUUUUUUAAAUAAUUCUGCCUAAAAAAAUGCCACCUUCACCUUCUGUGCCAUUCAAAGAAUAUUUGAAAUGUGAGAUGUUUUGUCAUAUUUUCUUACAUGAGAAAAACAAUAAACACCUGUAAGAAAAAUA